AUGGCCUGCAGGCAUAUUGACGCAGCUGAGCUGCGCCCUCCCACGGCUGCUCAGUCGGUCUACAGAGAAGAUUGUACGCAAUGUUUUGAUUCCAUAGAUGAUGCAACGGGACUGAAUGUAUGCCUGUUCUGCUUCAACGGAGGAUGCACUGGAGAACGGGACCAUGCGCAUUUACACAGCCAGAACUCGAAGCAUCCGUUGGUGCUGAACAUACGAAGAACGAAAAAGAAAAUCAAGCGCGAUGAGCCACCCCAGAAGAUCUCGAAGCUCGCGAUAGCAGCAGAAACCGAGGAGGACCGUUACGAUACCGACACUCGUGUCGAGUGCUACGAAUGUGGGGUGAAAAAUGUGGAUAGAACAAGUGGAAAGCUGCCGGGGAUCAUAGAUGGUGUUCUCAAGGCCAACACAUUCGCACGACAGGCAGAAGUACAAGCUUGGGAGCAAGAAUACACAGCAUGUGAACAUACUUUAUGCUUAGAACAAGAACAAUCUCGGAAUAUCGAUUCUCAGGAUUUGGGACACUGCUCUAUGUGUGAUUUGAAAGAGAACUUAUGGUUGUGUCUUCAGUGUGGGAAUCUGGGCUGCGGUCGUGCUCAAUAUGGGGGCGUAGGCGGAAAUGGUCACGGCCUCAAGCACACAGAGCUGGCUUCUCAUGCCGUAGCAGUCAAAUUAGGAUCUAUCACGCCGGAAGGAACAGCAGACAUAUACUGCUACGCGUGCGAUGAGGAGCGUACGGAUCCGGAGCUUGCCCAACACCUUGCUCACUGGGGGAUCAACAUCGCCGAGCGAGAGAAGACUGAGAAGAGUCUUACGGAGAUGCAGAUCGAGCAGAAUCUUAAGUGGGACUUCUCCAUGACUACUGAGGAUGGCAAGGAACUCAGCCCACUCUUUGGCAGUGGUUUCACUGGCCUAAAGAAUCUGGGUAACAGCUGUUAUUUAGCCAGCAUACUACAAUGUCUUUUCACCAUGUCCAGCUUUCAGAACCGUUACUAUCAUCCACAGGAUCCUCCACCGAUAGCACAAGCUCCUGCGGAAGACCUCGAGACCCAGUUGAGAAAGUUAGCGGAUGGUCUGCUGUCAGGUCGCUAUUCGCAUCCGGACACGGAUGUUGUUGCUUCCGAGUAUUCUGCCGAAAUUCCUAACCAGAAAGGUCUUGCACCUGCUAUGCUCAAACACCUCAUCGGGCGAGGCCAUGAGGAGUUCUCCACCAUGCGCCAACAAGAUGCUUUUGAGCUCCUCCUUCACCUUCUCAAGCUCAUUACUCGCUCCUCGCACGCCGCGCCCCUUCAAGAUCCGGUUCAUUCUUUCCGCUUUGUUAUGGAACAACGACUGCAAUGUAUGUCUUGCGAAAAGGUUCGAUAUCGAAUGGACGAGCAAGACAACAUCUCCAUUCCGGUUCCAGUCAGACGAAAGCCUUCGGUCGCCAAUGGCGCUGCGGAUAGCGAAAAGCCAAAGGAUGAAUUCGAACCUGUCAGUCUUAAAGAGUGUCUAGAUACCUUCACAGCUGCCGAAGUUGUAGAGUUUACAUGCCCUUCGUGUGCUAGUAAAGACGGCUUCACUAAACGCUCGCUCUUCAAGACUUUCCCGGCCACUCUUGCAGUCAACGCCCGGCGAUUCGAACUUGUCAAUUGGGUACCAACGAAGCUCGAUGUGCCAGUCGUAGUAGAUGAUCAACCCUUUGAUCUAGGCGACUACAAGUCUUCAGGACAUCAAGAUAACGAAGAGCUCCUGCCUGAAGAUGUAACUGCUACCGGCGCGCCAGCAUUCGCUCCCAAUGAGACUGCACUUUCUCAACUCGAAGGGAUGGGCUUUCCACGAGUGCGAUGCGAGAAAGCACUGCACGCUACCGGCAACACUGACUCUGAAACAGCAAUGAACUGGUUGUUCACACAUAUGGAAGACCCCGAUAUCGAUGAACCCCUCAACCUAGGUGGCUCGGGCAGCGGUGGUGGGGCUUCCGCGGGCAUCAGCCCGGAGAGCAUUGAAAUGCUGGGAGCCAUGGGAAUCGGAGCGCCGCAGGCACGUAAGGCGUUGAGGGAAACAGGCGGAGACAUUGAAAGAGCAGUGGACUGGGUGUUCAGUCAUCCGGAUGAUCAGGGUGAUUUUGGUGGGGAUGAUGCUGCAACAGAUGUCCCCGCCCCAGAAGGUGAAAAGGCAAUGGCUGGCAAUACAUAUCUGCCUGCGAACUUUCGUUUGCAGAGCAUUGUCUGCCAUAAAGGGGCGAGUAUCCAUGCAGGACACUACGUCGCGUUCAUACGCAAACCAAUUCCUGCUAAAGAAGGUGGGGGUGAGUCCUGGGUCCUAUUCAACGACGAGAAAGUGGUCAAAGCCCAGGGAGAUGUGGACGAAAUGAAAAAGUUUGCCUACGUCUACUUCUUUGAGAGAGUAUGA